CGAGUGUGUCUGCGAUUUCUCAUCUUUCGGACACUAUGACUUAGAUGAAGAGUACUUGACUGUAUUUUCUUAUUUUGGAAGGCAAUCCAAUAUCAUUUCCAACUACAAUCCAAAAUGGGAUGCUAUUGUUGGACCACUCUCUUUGUUGUAUUCUCAUGUCUGAUUGGAAUGAUUGAUGCUAGUGCUGGUGACAUUGAUCCAUCAUAUAGGGCUUGUGUUUCAGAAUGCGAAUUGACUGGAUGUGCUGGGGGAAACUGUUUUCCACACUGCAAAUUACUUUCAGAUGGUUCUUCCAUUGGUGGUACUUGGUACAUGCAAAAACAUCUCUAUCUGCAGUGGAAACAAUCAGGCUGCAAAGGUGAUUGCCGAUAUCAGUGCAUGAUUGACAGAGAAAAGGAAAGAGCAGCACUUGGUUCAGAACCGGUCAAAUACCAUGGAAAAUGGCCUUUCAAACGUCUCUUUGGGCUUCAGGAGACCGUCUCUGUUGCAUUUUCGGUGCUCAACCUUGCAAUGCAUUUCUACGGUUGGCUGUCCUUUUUCAAGCUUAUUAAGUACAACUUGCCAUUUAAAGCUGACAAGAGGCCAUACUAUGAUUAUACUGGCCUUUGGCUCAUAUAUGGGCUGCUGGCUAUGAACUCAUGGCUCUGGAGUGCUGUUUUCCACAGCAGAGAUGUGGAUGUUACAGAAAAGUUAGACUACUCAUCUGCAGUUGCCUUACUUGGCUAUUCGCUUAUUCUGGCUAUACUAAGAAGUUUCAAUGUGAGGGAUGAGGCUGCCAGAGUGAUGGUUUCUGCCCCAAUUCUUGCUUUUAUAACAACCCACAUACUUUACCUGAACAAUUAUAAAAUGGAUUAUGGAUGGAACAUGAUGGUCUGUGUUGCCAUGGGUGUGGCUCAACUUAUGAUUUGGGCAAUCUGGGCAGGAAUGAGUCGUCAUCCUUCUCGAUUGAAGUUGUGGAUUGUUGUGAUUGGAGGUGGGCUUGCAAUGCUCCUAGAGAUUUAUGACUUCCCUCCAUAUCAAGGACUUGUAGAUGCACAUGCUCUUUGGCAUGCCACCACAAUCCCCCUAACUUACCUAUGGUGGAGUUUCAUCCAGGACGAUGCCAAGUUCCGAACAUCUAACCUCCUCAAGAAGGCAAAAUAGUGUUCCUCCAAGGGGCAAUGAUUCAACAAACAGUCCAAGCAUUAGUUAGCAUCACAAAUUUUAGCAAACUUACGAGAUUUCUUUGCUUAUUUUUGUGAAUGGAGGAUGUUGUAAUAUUUUUUUUGUUUGGUUUGGAUAGGAGAAGAACCUAGAAUGUGCAUGUUAUGUUUGACACAAGUGACAUUUCCAUAUCCUAAAGCUUUUUUAAAAUGCCA